UAGCACUCAGCUUUAAUGUCUUCCUCUCCUCUCUCGCAGCCGAGUUCGACCAUCAGCUGGUGCGAUCAGCUCCCUUCAUCCUCAGCAGCCCUCUCCAGCUCCAGUCUCUCCUCAGCGUCACUCUCCAGCUCCAGUCUCUCCAUGGAGUCCCGAGCACCAGCACCUGCAACGACAGCGUCAGACGACAUGGAAUCAGACGAAAGACCGUAUGUCUGCGACCUAUGUAGCUGCGCCUACAAGCAUGCCAGCUCCCUGCUCAACCACAAGCUCACCCACAAGACUGGAGACUUCAGGUGCGACUUUUGCAGCAAGCCCUACACUAACUACAUGUCCCUGCGCAACCAUAUGCGAAUCCACGGUCAGAAGCGCUACAUGUGCGACUUGUGCGGGAAGGCCUUCCGCCUGGCCCGGUACCUCCGUAACCACCAGAGGAUCCAUGAUGACGGGCCCAACCGCUUUGACUGUCCCUCCUGCUGCAAGAGCUACAGGACCAUGCUGGAGCUGGCCCAGCACCGCUGCAGCGCUGCUGUGUCCAACCAGUCUGGCGGUCGUCGUUCCAAUUUCUCCGCCACUCCACGCCGCCAGCAACAGCAGCAACAGCAGCAGCAGCAAAACAGUGCUAACUCCAUGAUGCAACCGCAGCAUGGAGGACACGGCCAGCAGGAACCUCUGCCCUCCCACUGCGUGUCACCAAUGUCCCAGGGAGGGCAAGGCGGCAGCGUGGCCAGCCAGACUGUGCCUGACCCCCACCAGCAGGGCCGUCCCAGUUCGGUGUCCUCCCAGAGCAGCCAGCAGAGCAUGAGGAGCUCGUCCUCCAACAAACAUGUCUCCUCCUCCAGCGCCACCCCAUCCUCCUCCUACUCCCUGCUCCAGCCCCUGGUGCCUGAGGUAAAGGAGAUGAGCUCGGGAUACACUAGGCUGAGCGCCAACCCCAUGCCGAAGCACCAGGACACUUUCUCUCUGGCCCCCCAGCGGCCCCUCACCACCAUCAACCCCAUUGGCCACUCCCUUCAUCCGAACGGAGCACCAACGCUCAAGCCUUCCCCUGUGCCACGCACCAUCCAGGCCAUGCCCUGGGAGCAGCGCUCCCUCUACAAUCAAUGAGAACCCCCAGGAAUCAAUCGCCCCCCUUCACGUCGCAUCCACCACCACCCCUACACACCCUCCUCCUCCUCCCCCUCCCCACCCCUUUCGGAUCCAGCAUCAAGGAUGGAGGACUUCAGAAGCCCCUCCACCACCUCACCCCUUCUUUGGAACGUUGUGUUUGGGAUCAGGGGAGGGAACUGUUGAGAACUAGUUGAGAUUGAUUACUGAGUAGUUAGGUUAAAAAAAUGUGUUGCCUUGACCCUCAUGUAUGAUCUAUGCCAUGUACUGGAUAUAAGUUAAAAUGUCCCCUAAUCUGUCCUCUCACUAAGAAUUUAUCUCCCCAUCCUUCUAUCCCACUAGUUAUGAAAAUAUCUAUCCUUCCCAUUAUGAAUAGUGUCUCUCCCCACCCCCAAUUCCUUUAUCCAUACAGUAUCUUAAAUGAAACAAAAGGCUAUUUUUUAUCAAGAGUGUGAUCCAAACCCUAAACCCUGAAGUUGUCAAAGUAAAUGUGACGAAAUUCUCAAAAGUUUGAUAUGUUUUUGAACAUAAAACCCAGCUUUUUUGUUAAAUGAGGCUUCUGGAAAGUAAAGGGAAAGGGGAAACAUGAACUUUUUUGUUUUGUUUUUUUUUUUUGUUUUUUUUUUAAACGUACCCCUUCAAAUAUGCUCCAGAAUGAACAUUGUGUAUAUUGUGCGUUAGGAGGUGUCAUGACUAUUUCAGAAAGUCGUUUCCGUUCUAUUUGACGUUACAGCACCCACACCUCUCAUCUCUGAGCACCAAUGGCAAGGACCAUGACCGAAGCGACUAGGCCGACUGUUGUUCAGAAAAGCAUUUCAGAAAUGUCCAUGGCAGUUUGGCUUCUCUGUGUUGUCAAGACUGAAGCCCUGCUGUUGAAGAGGACCCCUUCGCUACCCAGCAACAGCCACGGAAUAAGGAGGCUUUGGUGCGGUUACCUUCUGUUAACACACAACUAAAAACUCACUUUUCCUACACUCGCAUCUGACUGGUGGCGUGUUGGUAUUGUAGUUUCAAUAAUCUGCUGGCUGGGAAUCAAAUCUAGAAGAUAACAGCACAAGUCUCCAUCCCUUUUGUUCCGAAAUGACCGUUAACAUCUUUGUUCCUUUCACUUUAAAGCACUUCAAGACAAGUGCUCUAUAGUUAUUACUAUUACUGUCUCUGCCAACCAGCCCCAGCCUCUGUCUAGAGCUGUGUUGGCUGUAAAGAUGUAACAUUGCCUUACAUCACCCCCUAAUCACAACUCACUCACAUCAUCACUAGGGACUUAGCAGCAGAACUGGGCCUGGUUUGUGCCCGUAACGCAGCUGCAUCUGGAGGCUACGGUGGCCGAAAAAACGGCGUCUCUGCAGCUCCGGGCCCCACUCCCGCCCCCAGCUCCGACACACCCCCUCAAGUGUUGCUUUUCUUGUGGCAAACGUCAUACCUGCAUCUCACUGCUCCCCAGGAUGGAUCUAGUUAACACCUACCUGCAGGGUGUUUCAAUAAGCAGCCAAUCAUAGUUGGCUGGAUGAAUCCAAAUAAACACAAUAGAUGAAGUGUUUUGUAAACAGUCAAUUUGAUGAAUAACAGUUUAAUCAUGGAUCCGAUAGGUAGUUGAGUUAGGUUAUCUUGCUAACAUGGUGCUCAUUGAAAUACCCACAAUUCUACUGACAUUGUAUUUUCUCUUUUAAAAGUUGUUUCUAUUUUUAUUCAUGACAUAUUUCCAUUGUUGCUUUCUCUAUCCUUGUAAAGUGUCUUUGAGUAUUUAGAAA